GACACUUGGUAAAAGUUUUGACUUGCAGGUGAUCAUCUACCACAAAGCUCGAAGAGGACAUAAUGAUGUGGAGAUUUAUAUUUGCGAUGUUACUGAUUCUCGUCGUUCACUGCUCCCUCGCAGACGAAGUCACAACGAAGAAAUCGGCGAAGCGUGGUGGAUAUCAGUCAAGUUUGAUUGACAAGUUUUACCUGCAGAAACUCCGUAACCUUCAAUCCUAGACUUGCUCAGGAAUAUUGAAUAAAGAUGUUGUCGACUU